AUGUUAAUGGGUACAGAGUGUAAGAAAAUACUGAAAAGAUUGCAACUCACAGAUGAUGAAAUGAAAGAGCCUCAGACAAUCUUAGAUAAGUUAGAAGCACACUUUGUACCAAAACGCAACGUUCUGUAUGAAAGAUAUGUUUUUCACAACGCAGAACAACAACCCAAUGAAACCAUAGACCAGUUAGUAAUCCGACUACGUCAGUUAGCUGAACCAUGCAAAUUUGGCACAUUCGAAGAUGAGAUGGUUAGAGAUAGAUUGGUCCUUGGCUGUAAAGAUUCCAUAGCAAGAGCAAGAUUAUUCAGAGAGCAAGCAAGUGACUUACACAAAGUCAUAGAAUCGCUUAGAAUAAGUGAAGUUUCACGGCAACAGCUAAGUCAAAUGGGAAAUGAUGUCACAGUAAACCCAGUCAACUAUGUAAAGAAAGGAGGUAAACAUACAGAAAGCAAUCGACAUAAAUAUACUGAGCAACGCAAAGAAAGACCCAAGUAUAAGCAAACGAAAGAUAAGUCCUCCCAGUGUAGAUAUUGUGGUAGCAACCAUGAACGUGACAAGAACAAAUGUCCAGCCUAUGGUAAGACUUGCAGGAAUUGUGGUAAGCAAAAUCACUUUCAAUCUGUAUGCAAACAGAAGCGUCAAGUACAACAGAAUCUACACCAGCUGCAGGAUGAAGUAUCAGAUUCUGAUGAUUCCAUAUUUAAGAUAGAUACUAUUGGUGCAGUUCAAUAUGGACAUAGAAAGAAAUUCUAUAUACCAAUAACAUUUCGAGAUACGACUGGUGAAACAAGAAUAAAUUGUCAAUUAGACACUGGUGCAACCUGUAAUGUGAUGACAUAUAAUGACCUGUGUGACAUAAAACAGCAUGGCAAGCCAGCAUUAGAGAAAACAACAGCAAGGUUGAAGCUCUAUGACGAUAGCAUAGUAAAUGCUAUUGGUGAAUGUAACCUAAUCUGCAAAGUUAAAGAUAAAGAAUACACACUGAACUUCAAAGUUAUAGCAGGAAAACAGAAACCACUACUAUCUGGUGAUACAUGUACAAAUAUGGGACUGAUUACUCUUAAUGUUGUGAAUAGUAUUUCACAGGAAGCAACUCCUACAUGCACAUCUAAAGAUAACGUCAUCAAACAAUACAAUGAUGUGUUUGAAGGUCUAGGGUGCCUGCCUGGUGAAUACAAAAUUGAAAUAGACUCAACUAUUAAGCCAGUACAGCAUGUACCAAGACGCGUUCCCAUUCCACUGAAAGCAAAAUUGAAAGCCAAAAUAAAUGAAAUGGAAAGGAAAGGCAUAAUAAAGAAAGUUACUAAAUCCACAGACUGGAUAAGCAGUAUUGUAGUUGUUCUGAAACCAAACAAGUUGAGAGUAUGUCUUGAUCCCAGAGAUUUAAAUCGAGCAAUUAAACGUCCCAAGUAUCAGAUGCCAACGCUAGACGAAAUUCUACCUAAGUUAUCCGAUGCCAAAGUAUUCUCGAUUCUAGAUGCCAAAGAUGGUUUCCAUCAGGUCAAACUGGAUGAACAAAGCUCCUACCUGACAACGUUCUGGACACCUUUUGGCAGGUACAGAUAUGUACGGAUGCCGUUUGGUAUUUCAUCAGCUUCGGAAGAAUUCCAACGCCGCCUUCAUGACGCAUUGGAUGAUAUUCCUG